CUCAAUACUGUAAUCAGUAGGUGGCUUUUCUGUCAGACUUGUAUGGGAAUUUUCAGUCCCAGGUAAAGCAUUGGAAGGAAACACAUCAAGCCUGGAGAGAUUUCCCUGGGCGGUUACUACACCCUGCUGAGGAGUAAGAGGGUUCUGGGGCAUCUGGCUGGUCGCUGUCUGGAGGGGGCUGCUGGUAGGUGCUGCAGACGCCGCUUCACUGCACUGGCUAAGAACCACCAGAAGGAAGCAGAUCUUCUUACAUCUCAGUGCCAUGAUGCUGGCUGCACGUCUCUCCAGACCCCUGUCACAGCUCCCAGGAAAAACCCUAAGUGUCUGUGACAGAAAAAGUGGGACAAGACACACACUGUUGUUUUACCCAGCAUCCUUCAGCCCUGACACCCGUCGGACAUACGCCAGUCAGGCUGAUGCGGCUAGCGGCAAAGCCAUCCUGAUUACAGGCUGUGACUCUGGAUUUGGGUUCUCAUUGGCCAAGCAUCUGCACUCGAAAGGUUUCCUUGUAUUUGCUGGCUGUUUGAUGAAGGACAAAGGUGAUGCCGGGGUCAAGGAACUGGACAGCUUGAAGAGUGACCGAUUGAGAACCAUCCAGCUCAACGUCUGCAACAAUGAAGAGAUAGAGAAAGCGGUGGAGACCAUCCGCUCCAGCCUGAAGGAUCCUGAGAAGGGAAUGUGGGGCCUGGUUAACAAUGCAGGCAUCUCAACGUUUGGGGAGGUGGAGUUCACCAGCAUGGAGACGUAUAAGGAGGUGGCCGAAGUGAACCUCUGGGGAACGGUGCGCACGACAAAAUCCUUCCUUCCCCUUCUCCGAAGAGCCAAAGGCCGCGUGGUUAACAUCAGCAGCAUGCUGGGCCGCAUGGCCAACCCAGCCCGCUCACCCUACUGCAUCACCAAGUUUGGGGUGGAGGCUUUCUCAGACUGCCUGCGCUAUGAGAUGCACCCUCUGGGUGUGAAGGUCAGUGUGGUGGAGCCUGGCAACUUCAUAGCUGCCACCAGUCUCUACAGCCCCGAGCGCAUCCAGGCCAUUGCCAAGAAGAUGUGGGAUGAUCUGCCUGAGAUCGUCCGCAAGGACUAUGGCAAGAAGUACUUCGAUGAAAAGAUUGCCAAGAUGGAGACCUACUGCAACAGUGGUUCCACAGAUACGUCCUCUGUCAUCAACGCUGUCACACACGCCCUGACCGCCACCACCCCUUAUACCCGCUAUCAUCCCAUGGACUACUACUGGUGGCUGCGAAUGCAGAUCAUGACCCAUUUUCCCGGAGCCAUCUCUGACAAGAUCUACAUUCACUGAAGAGCUGAAGAGGUCCCUGCGGCCUCCACCAGGGAACCUGGUGGGAGGGAGAAGGAUGCGGGGAGGGAGUUCAUACAGUUACCUUUUGACUAGCCAUUGUGGGUUAUCCACUGUCUUAGGAAGACCUAGUUUAACCUUACGUGUUCAAUGUGGUGAAUGGUUUGGGCCUUCACAAAUAUGGGGGCACAGGUGGGUGGCUCUAAACCUCAGGGCCAAUAUGGUGCUUCUAUCUAUCGCCAGUUGAUUUUAUAUGAAUAUUUGUGGGGAAAUAUCUUUAUAUUAAAGACAGAUUACUAACUAGAAUCCAAAAUCAUUUUCAAGUCAAAACAUCUAUUCAAACUAUGUAUCCCAUUUGAUCCUUAAGUAAGUCUCAUCAGUAAACAGAACAGAAUUUUU